AUGAAAAAAAUAGCCAGAAAAGAAAUGAGUGCAGAGAAAAAUGGUAGGAAACAAACUGGAGGUGGACCACCACCCCCUAAACCAUCAGAGACAACAGAAUGGUUAAACACCAUUAUGGGCGAGUCAAUUUCUGGCUUACCCGCUAUAUAUGACAGUGAUGCUUUAGGUGGUACUGCAAAUACUUCCUUAAAUGAGUGCAACAAUUUGUUAAACACAGAAGUAUUGGAUGAUAUUGAGACAGAUGCAGACUCAAAAAAGGUUGAUAUAACGUUUGACAACUCUACACCAAAGGCUUUGCUCAGGAAACCAAUUUCAAAGCAAUUAUGUAAGUAUCAAAUACUAGCAGCUGUACCACAUCAUACUGAGGGUCUCGAGUUCAAUCCCAACCGAGGCAGAUAA